UCGGAAAGGUGCCGCGGCUUGUGGUCGCGGCGGCGCCCGAACCUUGCUCGAGAGGCCGGAUGGGAACUGCGCGGUCACGUGCUCUCCGGAUGCGGGGGAUCAUCCAGGCAAAGAUGGACGACGAUACGUGAAGAGGCGCCGGCGAGGUCCUUUAACACGAAUGUUUUUUCCCCCAACAUUCCCAAUUGUUUUCUCUUCCACAUCCUGAUUACUGCUUGGUAGCGCGUACGUUAAAGCACCCUGCAACGAAAACGUCCUAGGUUUUUAUUGCAAGAUUCAGUCGGUAUGCCGAAACGGAAACUAGAAGAGGAUCAGCAUGAACCCGACGAACUGUCAGUGCCUCUGCCGAUACAAACGUUUCUCUGGCGACAGACAAGCCCAUUCAUACGUCCAAAAAUUGGCAAAGCCCAUGAUGCAUCAGCGAUGGAGCAAAGAGAAGCAUGCAAGUCCUUUGAGAAAGUAUUGGUUCAAAAUAUUCAGUUCGGCUUAUCACCCAGUUUGACUGUUGCUAUCAAGAGCAUCAAGAGGUGGCGCUUGGUACGGGCGGCUCUGCCUCAUGUGAUGCACUGCUGUGCUGCCCUGCUGUACGCAAGAAAGGAAAGCUGCUUGGAGAAGCUAGGAGCAGCAGAGACCAAGCUACUAUACACUCUUCACUGGAUCCUGCUGGAUGCUGCUGAAGAGUGUACCGAUGCUGAGCACAGUCAGACUGGCCAGCUGCCUGAUAAGAGCCAGUACAUCUUCCCAAUCACCGUCAUCCAGGUCUUUGUAUACCUGUUUGCCCCACUAAUUCCAUUCCUGAAGCAGUCAGACUUUGUGGGGAGUUUCCGGUUGGAAAAUGGAGUUCGCAUCUGGGAGCCUUUGUGGGAGCACCGACACCCUGCUGUUCCCUGCUUCACUGCCCCUGUGCAACCGCAUGGUCAUGCCAUGCGUGCACGCAGGGCUGAUUUCGACCUUCGACGACACGAAUAUGGCGAUGUCUUCAUUGGGGGAGCCCCAGCGAAACUUCGCAAGCAAGAGUCGGUGAAAACUGGCACGAAUGAAAAGGAGGGUAGUGACCAUGGCUCUCCUGACAUCACGCUGACAAGCAGAGCGUCGUCAGCAUCCGCAAUUAAGGAAACUACUGACUCUGAAGUGAAUGUGCCUGUGGUGAAAGAAAGUGAGCCAAAAGUAACAAUCUUGGAAGGGUGUCGUCCAAGCCCUUCAAAGUCUCAGGGGGAAUUGGCUGCGAGACCUGCUCCAAAGGCCGAUGAUGGAGUUAAGAAAGAAGCCCUGACAGAUAUUUGUAUGGCCACCUACCUUGAUGUGUCUGUUAUGAGGUGCCUCUUUAUCUCCCAGUGGCUGGAAGAAGGUGUGCAUUGGGCCUUGCAGUUUCUUCUAAACAGGUUGCAGGGCAUAGCAGAGGAACAGGCACGUGAGGUGCGGCCGCGCAAGCGGAGCAGUUCAUUGCCUGUGCCACGACCAGAACCACCACCACCGCCUUCUCCGAAGCAGCGGGAGCAGCCAGCGCCACCAUCCACGCCUCGUCCCCUGGGCAGCUAUGUGGCUUCGGGCAGAGACUCGUGUCCUAGCCCGUUCCUGCGUGGCCUUCCCCUGAUGCAUGGCCAGGGGGGGGCGAGUGGUGGCGGACCACCAAGCCACCACACCAGCAUGCAGGAGCUGCGGCAGCAACAGCAGCCACAGCCACAGCCUUUUCCUCAUCGCUGCAUGGCAUCCCCGGACUUGCGCCGGAACAAACGCCUCAAUCGAGGUGACCUGCGAGCUUUUGUAGAAGAGGGGCUGCGUCUUUCGGAGCGCAUUCUGGACCGCCUGGGCCGGGAUGAUGACAAUGGUAGCAGCAAUGUUGGGAACCACCACCACCAUCCAACCAUCGAGGUGGCAGUAGUGGGUACUGGUGGAAGCAGCAGCACCACCACCACCACAACAACCAACAACAACACCCCUGUCACUUGUGCCGUGGAGGAGCCUCCAAGCUGGUCUGUGCACCCUCAGCCAACUGACAGCCAUUCCUCAGCACGUUCAGUUGUAGUUCCGCGGCUGCUUCCCCCGCGCCCCAGCUCGGCGCUGGGCCUCCUGAGGGACCCCGAUGAUGAAGAACAAGUAUGCUCUCCCAGAUUCUCGGCGGCAGCAUUUUUCUCAAAGUCGGAGAUGGUACGUGGCAAAAGCCUGCCGAGCAUCCACAUUGAGGAGCCACCUGGCUCCAGGGAGCCAGUUGCCAUGGCGACCAUUGCAGUACCGACCAGGGAACCUCCUGGGGCACCGCGUAAACUUCCUGCGGUGCACACGCACAGUGUGCCCAACCCCAUCAUCACGGUUACUGAGCACUCCCCUGUUGCAUCCAUCCAAUUCUUCAUCAACCAGGACUCAGCUGAGAGCCCAAAAGAGGAGACUCCUCCGAGCCCAAUUUUCAUGCCCCUCUGCCAUCAACUUUCUAUAACACGAAGCCAAACUGACUCCAACAUCAUUUACAGCAGUGAUGAUUUCAAUGAGGCAUCUGGCUCAACCCACUACAUUACUCCUGAUGGCAGAAUUAAUCUUUCUGUAGUGCUAAAGGCUGUCCAUGCUGUAACCUUGCGAGACACCAGCUGUUCCCUUCGAGUUUGUGGAGUUGUGGUGAGCAUCGUGGAGCUGCUUCUUAACCUGGGCGUGCUGCCCAAAAAAAUGGGUCGACCUGAUGACGUAGCUGACCCCUGGGGACUGGAUGACUUCAAGCAAACCAGGGCUGAAGCGGAGAAGCGCAGUGAUGAGCUCUCCACACACAAUCUGUUUGUGGACAGCAUCAUCAGAGUGAUCAAGCACCUUGGCUGUCCUCAUGGCUGCGGAGAAGGUCAUCGGUCAUCAGCUGCAGAAACCGUACGCCGCCAGGCCCAUGCCUGCCUGCUUCGACUGCACCGUGCAGACGAGGCCCAGUUUCGAAGGUUCCUUCGGGAACUCGUGCGGGAGCGCUCAUUGGCAGAAGUGGUGGACAUCUAUCAUGCCUUCAUGGGUUUCUGUGCAGAGACUGGAUCACUGCUAUCACCUAUAACUCAGAAGAGAACCAGUACAACAAGCAGCCAGGAUGGCAGUGUGCACAGUGGGUAUGCUAACAACUUCGGAGCUGGUCCAGGUGGGAUCUCUGGUAAAGGCAUUGAAGGUGUGGUUGUGACCUGCACAUUCAAAGCACUGGUCACUCGUCUGGCCAAGUGCAGUCGUGAGCUCAAGAACCAAGAAAACAUGUCCUUAUACUGUGAUCUGCGUCAACUGAUGAGCUAUGUUCAUGACAACCACGGAGGCAUAUUUCGAAGAGUGGCCUUAAGUGGGAUGCUUGAUUCUGCAGACCGUCCAAAUAAAAAGAAGAAUUAUGUGCCGGGAACAAGAAUUGUCAGGCAUGCAAAGUCCUUGGAACAUGAAGAGUUGAAGGACCCACUGUUUUCAUCGAAUGUUUUUAUUAUCGAUGAGACAGCUGUUGAGAAGAGCAGCCGAAAGUCUUUCUUUAGGAAAAGAGGUGUGAGAAAAGUCCCCAGUGCUCAGAGCAUCAUGGAUGAGAAGGAGGAUGUCUCGGCAUGCCCAAGCCCAGCGCCAGGCCAGACGACACCCUCGUUUCCUCGUCAGCACAGGGCCCUGACUCCUAGGCUUAGCGUGUCGGAGGGAGACAACAUCUCCCUCACUCCUAAGCACAGCAAGGGCUCUAAGUUUCCACUGGUGGGAUGGCUGAAAGGAGAUCGAAAAGGUGAGACAGGCGAAGAAGAGUGUGGGAGCUCUCCCGGAGGUGUCGGUCUGGACACAUCACCGAACACAGCGGAGCGUCUCAUUCGACGUUCGAGUGGCAUGAACCGCACACCUAAGAUGCCACCCAAGUCUGCCAGUCACAUGAGCCUGACACUGUUGCGUGCACGCCGCCGCAUGGAAGACCAAUUGACAAAGCUGGGCUUUGGUCGGAGUAAGAGCAAGCAUGGCAGCUUCGAAGAGCCCCCCGAUCUCAGCAGACGAAAUUCUUUUGACCUGGACCACAGUCAGCGAGAUGGCGAGAUGCUUAUCAUGAAAGAGAGCAAACUUGUUAACUCCAGGCUAGUCUACGAUGGCAUGCUUCGAUUUGCCUUUCUACAAGAGGUUUGCCAGCCUGGAACAGUUCCCGACUCCCCUUUGCUGGCUGCAGCAUUAGAUCUGGCAACACCGGUUGUGUCCCGUGCAGCCCUGUUCUUGGAGUGCGCUCACUUUGUGCACCGCUGCAACAAGGGCCAGUGGCCCACGUGGAUGAAGCUAAAUCUGCCAGUGUUUCGACCUUCUGGCCCGUUAGCAAAUCGUGGCACACCCUCAGGCCUGCAUCGCACUCACAUCUUGCAGCGGGCUGCUGGAAAACUCUUCUUUCAAUGGGCUGAGGCAAUAGGGGCCAGGCUUGAAGAGAUGCUUCAGGGUGAGACUCACGACCCCCUGGAAAUUGCUGCCAUCGCAGCCGACGAACAAAAGCGCCGGCAGUGCAGAAUGGAAGAUGAAGAAGAAGACUUUUUGGAUGAAGCAAGCAUCAACCCUUCGGGAAAUGUCUGCCCUUUUGCGCUCAAGAUGGCAGCUUGCCAGCUGCUUCUGGAGAUUACAGCCUUCCUGCGAGAGACAUACCAGCUGCUGCCACAGAAAUCAGCCCGCACGUCGGCUCGCGACCGGCCCACGUUUGAGCCUCGUAGUGUCAAUGCUAACCGUCGCUGGAGCAUGGCCCUGAGCACGCUAGGUGUCAGCCAGACUUCAGCCCACAGCCUGGUUUCGCUGGCUGAGCAAACCCACCCAGUUGUGGUAGGAGAAAGAAGAAUUAGUUUUGUGUUGCAUGAGGCAGAUGCUGAAGGAGAGUCAGAGAACAGCAGCAACAACACUGUGAAUGUUCAGGAGGAGCUCAUUCUUCCGGAUGAGAAGCGAGGCCGCCGUAUUGCCCAAGGGAGGCCUCACCUGCUGCGCAGGACGGGAGGCUCCACGGCUGGCCAUAACUCCAGCUUUAAGCGCUGCAGCCUCAAACUGAAAAAGCCUGGCGACCGCAAGUCCCGGGCACGGUCCUCCACGUUUGCCGAAGACGAAGAGGAGGGAGGUUUACGCAGAACGGAGAGCAUAAAGUCCCGGCGCAAGGUGAGCGCGGUCUCGGACCGCAGUGACACGAGCGAGCGGGCAGACGUGAGUGGGGAGGAGUCGCCUGGCGUGCUCAGCGACGAGCCGGCACCAGAGAGCCCCGUGGACCUGCUGGACGCAGACGACGCCACCAUCAUCGCCACCCGCAUGCCCUGGCUCAAGGUCAUCGUCCAACUCUGCGGCACCUUGCACUUUACCUGCACGCACCAGCAGUUUUGCCAUCACACCUGCUACAGGAGGCAGAUGAGGGCCUGCAAUCGGCUUGCAAAGAGUGUCCGAAAGGUUUAUGGAGAUGACUUUGGACUUAUCCAAGAUAUGGGCAAGCAACAGGAAGACAAAGAGGGUGGAAAAAAGGACAAGAAGUUCAAGAAGAUUAUCACAGGGCCGAGCUCUCCGUUGAAACGCAAGGCGAGCCUGGCGCACAAUCUGGAGAAACUGGAGAAGGCACUGGAUGGGGCACGCUCGCUGCACAGCAGCGCCACCUGUUUGGUUCACGACGUCGAAGGUGGCCUGCCACCCGAGACAAAGCCCCAGUCUCUGCCUCAGUCUGGCAAAGGCAAGGGCACCACUCCGGCCAAGGAGGAACAUCCUAUGCUCAAGUAUCUCAAGACACAGGUGAUGAGCCUGUUUCACAGUCCUUUGUCAAUGCUUAUAAAGGGCACUGUUGUGGCGACUGAAGAAACUUUCGUUGAAGCAAUGCCCAUUGCCUGGGAGCUGCUUCUAGAGAAUGACCAACAACUGAGUGCUGUGGCAGCUGUUGUAUUUAUCCUUGCUGCUGUGAAGGCUCCUGAACAUGCGUCAGAGCUCUUAAGUCGAGAACUUAAGAGUGAAGACACAGCCCAGAAGACCAAUGCCCUUCUGAGGUUCCAGGCACUUUGGAAAUUUCGUUAUCAGUGCUGGCUGAGGAUGGAAGAGGCUGCACAUUUAGUUUUCAAGGUGCCACCUCCGACCAUUGAGUUCACCCUUCCCAGCCCACGCAUUGCCCUUGACUGUGCACCUGUGGCUGAUCCUCCCUGGAUGCCUCAAGUGAAGACUAAAGUGGAAGAAGUCACCAUCAAUCAGGACCAAUCUCGAUCAUUUGUAACAGCGACUCAGACUCGCCGCAAGCAGCAGAUGGAGCUCAUCCAUCGAGCACUUCAGGCCGAAGAAGAGAAGAAAUGCAACGAGAGGGAAAAUUUUCACAUCUCCUCUGUUGCUGUCAAUGUACUUUCAGCCUAUGAACCUGCUCUGUUCCAUGCUGUUGAAGAGCAUGAAGAGGGAGAUGAAGACCAGACAGCUGAACGGUUAUCUGCUCAUCCUAUACAAGUGGCACACGCCUUGUUUCCAUCGUGUCUCUGUUCAGCAGCAGUGUACAUUAUAAACCUGUUGAAUGAUGCUGAGGUCAGCUCUGAUGGAGUUGCAGUCUAUGAGGUGGCCUACAAAGUGAUUUGGAACUGCCUGGUGGAAGAUACGGCACUGUUCCUGCGUCACUUCUUGGAGAGGCUGACCCGUGAGAAACCAGAUUCUGUGAUCCAGAUUCUGCGACGUCUGCUGCGCUUUGUGCCUCGGCUACCAGCACAAGCAGCACACACACUCUACAACUACCUGGUUGGCUACAUUAUGUUUUACAUUCGAGCUCCUGUGGAAGGUGGAACAGAGCUGAUUGCCAAUGCUAUUUCAAUACUUUGGCUGGUUGUACCCAGUGUUCAUGGACUAUACUUGAAAGACCUCAAGCAAGUGCUGAGGAAAGAGCAGUGUGAUGCUACCUUAUUGAUCACGGCAAAUGUUCCAAGUGCCAAGAAGAUUAUUGUGCAUGGACCUGAUGCAGGUGGCAUUCCGUCACAAUUUCCAAUUCAUGAGGACACCCAGUUUCUUCAUAUUCUUCAAGACAGUCUUGAUUUUUUUGGCAUUGAAGAGAAUCAGCAUAAUUGCUACUUCCUUGUUGACACAAAGACAAACCAGAUGCACAAUCCAAGUGCAUUUGUCCGAGACUUCUAUUUCUUCAAGAGGUCCCAGUAUCCUCAGUUAACAUUGGUAAAAAUGGACCCUGAUGAAGCCUUUGAAGCAGGACAGCAACAGGCAUUCUAUCUACAUUUCAUCGAAGUUGGGAAGGUCCUGAUGAGUCUGGCCAUUCUACGAACCAGCCAUCAGCUCGCUCCCAGAGUUCUCUUUCUGCAUGAUGAGCUGACCAAGCUACCAUCAUUUCCCCGCAAAGCUCUUGAGGCUGACUUUGAGCUCUAUACCGGCAAGUGUGGAAAAGAACUUUUAGGGAUGGACACACUGCACAAAAUGGUGUGGGUCAAAUUAAUGGCCCGAAUGUUUGAAGCCAUGGCUGGAUUUUUCGCCCAUUCAUCAGACAUCCAUUUGUUUCUGAAUGUUGUGAAUGGAGCUCUCGUUCUACACCCUGAAGAUGCCAGCAUUCUGCGUCUCUGCAUGGCUACCUACAUCAAUGCUGCGCACCAGUUCAGGAACAUCUUUGCUUCUAAUGGGUAUCUCUUGAUCAUGCCAACAAUCCUGCAAAUCUAUUCCAACCAUCAGACUAAUGGCUUGCUCUGUAGAACUGUCGAGUUCAUCUGCAAACAGUUCUAUAUCAUGCACAGAAAGCCAUUUAUACUUCAGAUGUUUGGCAGUGUGGCUCCUCUCCUUGAUCUUGAUGUCAACAGCAACUACGGAGAUGCGAACAAGAUGCAGCCGAAGGCCUUCUUCCAGCUGCUGCAGUCUCUUGCACAGUACAUUGUCGACCCACUGGACAUAUUGGAACUGGUCGAUGCAGAGAAGCCACUGAGGGCACUUGACUUUUGCUACCAGAUGGACCCUGAUACCUUGACCAUACUGGAUGCCAUCUCACUUAGUGUCACAGUUGUUUCAUACGCUUCUGACUCACAUAGGGGCCACCAGAUGCUGACUAUCCUGGAGGCAGUGCUGCCUUUCUACCUACAGCACCUGCAGUCCUUGACAACCAAGAAGGAAACUCCUGGGGGGCCGCGAGCCGAGCUGCAGAUGAUACACAAUGUGUCCGUUUGCAUGAAGACCCUGAUCAGCAAUUGUGAGGCUCUGACCAGAAAUUACACAGGACCUCAGAAAGCGAUUGACUUGAGGGGUUCUAGCAUCAAGAAUGCCUCACGGGGUGCUUGUUCGCCUCCUUUCGAAGUUGAGGAAGACCUGCCGUCAAGGUUUGUGAAUGAGACGCUGUAUGGGUCAAGGAAGCCAGGUGGAAUUCACUAUGAACGGGAUGAUGAGGACAGUGAUCUUCUGCGACUGGAGUUCCGGCAGCCACGGGACACAUUGUUAUCAGUGGUGGCAGAAUUCCUUACUAAGUGCUCAGCUCGCCUGGCUGAUCUGAGCAAAAAGAUCCCCGACUUGCCCAGCAAGGCUACCGAGCUCCUGGACGUCAAGUGCCACUUGCGUCUGGCGGAGGUGGCUCACAGCCUGCUCAAGAUGGCACCAUAUGACCCCCAGACCAUGGCAUGCCGAGGCUUGCGGCGCUACCUCAAUGAGGUGCUGCCACAGUCGGAGUGGGCACAAGAGGCUAUGAGGCCUGCCCUUAUCAUGGUCAUCCGACGCCUUGACAAGACCUUUACCAAGAUUGCCAAGAAGCCUGCCAUACGGAGACUUGUUGAUUGGGAUGCAGCUCGAAAUCUGUUAAAAGGUGUCUACAUGACACUUUACAAGCAUCCAUACAUUGCUCACCUGCCUCAUUUAAAGUCACUGGUUGCUAUCUGCCAGAGCGUCAUAGUGGGCGAUCAGAAUGCUUCUCUUGUAGCUGAGAGCAGUGGAAAUGUUUCAGUCUCAGCUGCAGCUUUGGCCCAGUCUCCACCACCAGGCUUCUGCUCGGUGGCUGUGCGACUUGUGACCAUGCAAAUGGUCGCACUUGGGGACUCAUUCACACUGGAGAGCAUCUGUGGAGGCUCAUCUGUUCUGACAAGCACCGACAAAACAGAAAUCUUUUUGAUGAAUUUCAUCCUUCCUCUCUGCAUCAGAGUCAGCAGUGGAGUGAAAGAUGUACCCAAGAUGCGCCAGAUGGACAUCUCGUUUGCUUUGACUGUGGUGUUGAAUGCCUUGUCUCCUCCUGGAGCCCACAAGCACCAUCCAUCCAGUGCUGUGGGAAAGCCACCAUCAGAGGCUCAGCAGAACACUGCUUCGACACGCGAGAAGUCUUCUAGUGCUGUCAGAAGCUCAUUGUACCAAAUCGGAUUCCUUGGGUUGAAAAUUUUGAUUGUGUGUUAUGAGAGGCAACUUUUAAGUGACUGGCACCGGAUUGCUCGAUGCAUUCGUGAGCUGGGAAACAGGCUGCAAGGUGGACUUGCUCUUUGGAGCUUUCUUGAUUUUGUGGUUACUCAUCGCACACCUCUUUACGUGCUACUAUUUCCACUUAUUAAAUAUAAGAUCUUGCAGACCAUAUGUGACAAUGAACAAGAGUAUUACUACCAGCAGCUCAUCCGGGAUAAGAUCAAAGGAAUAAAUCUGCCAACUCCUAAAAGCUUUGGCUGCAUGUUUGUCGACCUUGUGAAUGAACUGAAGACGCUGAAGGAGGACCUUGUUGCCUGGAAACUUGGAGGAGAACUGGAGCGUGGAAAGCCAUCUGCAGAAGGUCAUGGUGGUGAGAUGUCCCAGUCAGUCAGCUUCACACGUACCAUGGUCCCAGGUGGUGCCCACCGACCCAGCUUCACCGAACUUACACCUGACCAUCAGAGUAUCACUCGACUUGGCCGACCACCAGGCAUGGGCUCGGUUGAAUCAGCAGAAGGUGCUGUUGGGGCGGUGCCAGCAGGAGGCACAGCUCCAAGACCUCUGCCUAUCAUGCGCUCCGAGUCGCAGCGAGAACCUCAUCGGGAGAGCCAGCAACAGCGCGACUCACACCGGGGUCUCAGCAUACGACUUCAAUCACGCGAGGGCAGCAGCCGGAGAGUAAUGCAACGCUUCCUCAGGAGAACCAGCUACCCAGAGGAGGAGGGACCUACCCAAGUAUAUCGACCAAUGGAAGCCCUGGACAUGGAGCAUUCUGCAUCAUCGGAGCCUCGCUUGUUCAGAAAGUCCACACUCCUCAUCAAAAAGAAAGGCAGCAAGAAGAGCACUGGUAGCAGCAGCCUAACCUCUGUAGGGGUUGCCGAGAGUGGCGCAGCUACUGACGAGGAAACUUUACAGGACAGUCUUCCAGAAGGCGUAGAUUCUACUGGAGAGGGUCCACCAACCCCAACUGCCUCUAGACCUCAGUCCCCUGAGACUGGGGAGCCGCAGCGGCCAAGGCACCGGCUUCAACGCCAGAAGGCUCAGAGCCGCAAGACAUUCAGGUUUGGCAAGUCACGGCGGGGAGCUGGCUGGGCAGCGGCUGAGGUAGGAAUUGCCACGACCGAUGAUGCGCCACCUCCAACAGUGGCUGAGGAGGAGCCCGAAGGCAGGCCUCGACCCACUCGGGCGUCCUCCAUUCAUGGUCUGCCCGCCAGUGCAGUGGGUGCUCUUGCAUCCUUGACGAGUGAGCACAGGGCGGAGGAUCGGUCAGCUAAGGACUGAGAGUGUUUAUAUUGGAAGAAAGUCUGUGGCUCGCCAUGAUUUUCAGAGUACUGUCAGCUUGAGCUUAUCUCAAAGCUUUGGAGCCACUACUAAUAAUGCAGUGCAGCUGUUGCCAUGUUGCUUCCUGCACUGACUGUGUGUCAAAUAUACAAAGAGAGGCUGAAUGGCUGGGGUUUGCAACCUAGAGGAAGAAGAAUGUACCGACUGAGCUUUAUAAGUGUGCACAUUUAUAAACCUAAUACAGGCAGUUCAUGCUGCUGUCACGCCAGUUUGUGUAGGUAAUAGAUUGUUUUCUGAUUCUCCAUGUUGGUAUAGCAAAAGGAGAUGUAAAGCAAAUGAAAUGGGCCCAACACUGUAGCAUAUAGCUCGUGUGUUGUGGUUUCCGUUAAUGAAAAUUUAUGCAGGCAGUGCAUUUUCUUUUUUGUGUUUUUAGAUGCUUUCAGUGGGAGUCAGUUUUCUGUCUCUGCUUUGUACUCUGGCCAUAUGCUAACUGUGGUUUCACGGUAUUUGAGUUCAUUGCUUUAUUUGCUUGAGAAGUGAGUCAAGCUUUGAAAAUGACAGAAGUAUAGUAUGUGCACUGUGGCAGCUCAGAGUGUAAAGUACGCUUUUGCCAAGCUGAAAACAUUGCUGCAGCUUUGCUUGCUAUAGCUUUGUUUUGACAGGAACUCAAUGAAAUGGUCCCCGGUGCAUUAGCAGAUUAGCAUUCGUCAAGGAAGUGCAGGUUGUUCGCAUUACUCUAUAACGACUCAGUGCAGUUGCUACCAGAGUAUAAGUUAAUAUUUGAAAGCUUACUGUACCAUAUGGGUAUGCAGACGUUGCAGAGUAUGCAGAUGUUGAAGAAUUCAGUGAAGAGAAUUAAAAACCACCGGUGUUUGUGAAAGCUUCACCUCACCUGUGAGCCGCUUAUUAACUUCUGAAGUUGCUUCUGUGUUAUGUAAAGGGUUUGUGCUCGAGGACAGUGCAGGAAAUAGAAACUUUUUGAAAGGCUUUGAGGCCAAAAAGUUUUCUUCUAAUGUGAAAGCCCUUGCAGUGAUACUGUGUACCCAUAUAAUGCCUAGAAUUCAGUCUUAAGCACUUGCUGGCACUGUGGUGGAGUGUUGACAGUUUUGUAAAACACAACAGGUGAAGUUUUUGCUUCACUCGCUGGAUGCUUCAUGAUUUCCUUUGUCCAGUGUUGACAGAGGAAAAAAAGAAACGGUCAAUGAAGGCACCUUUCUUUUCAUGCUUUUGACCUGUGGGGUUCUCUUCAGAAGAGAGCACCGUGAACAUAGGAAAAAUAAGGCUGACACGGAACAGCAGCUAUAAGUGUAUGAUGCCAUAAAUUGGCAGCAUCGCACAUACAGAGAAAAGCAUAAGUCGUGUAUAAGAAAUCAGGAGGAUUUGGAUAGUAAACAGGGUGAGUCAAAUACCAUAUUAGAUAAUUUAUUACGGACCAACCUGCCCAGUUUGCUAUCCUAACCCCUAUUAUGCCGUCUUCAUAUGGCAAAUCACUUCUGCAGAAGUCUGCAUGGUGGAGAAAAGUCAUGAAAGGGACAAUUGUCAUCUGCCCAUCUGUAGCAUAAAGCUACAAAGAAAACCUCCAUAUUUCAAGAAAUCGAUACAAUGCCAUCUCUAAAAUAUUCCAAAUAGUGCAAACAAGCCAGGGACAAAGGACACACUAGCACUCGCUUCCAACUAAAUAUUUCAUAGAAAAUAACAAGCAUAUAUAAAGGGAAAGCCAAAAGGAUAAAAAUGAAAGCCAGACCAGGCUCAUGCAUGCACAGGCUAGUGGGCAUGGUUUCAAAAAUGAUCAACACUACUCAUGCAAAUAAUUAAUUUUUUUAACGUGAGGAAGUUCUGGCAGUUGACUGACAUGCUUGCCCCUAAUUCGUAUGUUGUAUGUCUUGGCUAUUUUCUAGGUCAGCUGUGUUCUCCUUGAAUAUAGGAAUGCAACCACAUGACCUGCAGUAUAAAUUGUGAAAUGCUACGAGGCAGUUUCCUACAGGGAAAGCCCAUGUUCCCUAAGACGGGUGUUAUGUUUGCUCAUGUGUACUGUGUACAUCCCCUUUGUCCUUGUUUUUGUUUGUACGGCCUUUUAUCCUUAAAUUCGACCUUAACUAACUUGCCCAGUUGGCCAUCUUGCUUCAUGGUGUCAAUUUUAUCAAAUUUAAAAAGUUCUCCUUACUAAAUGAAAUUUACUUUUUCAAAUGGUGCAAACACAUGUUGCAGGUGCAGUGCUGCUUCAAGUUUUGAAGUUCCAUCUUUUACUUGGUUUUUAUCGGAAACAAAGGAUGCCAAUUCAUAAAAUUGUAGAUCUGGUCUUAAAGUAAAUGAUUGCCUUGAGGCUAGCCGUAGUGCACCAACCACUGGUUCAAUGUGCCAAAUACCACUAAAUACGGACAUUCUCUUGGGAAACAAACAAACAAAAAAGAUCAAUUUCUUUCUUUGUGAUGAAGUGUCCUCACUUUGUACUAAAGACCAUUAUAUUUCUAUAUAAUUAGGUGUUUUCACCUUGCCCUUUAGCCUAAUGGCGGGUGGUCCUUGUCCGAAUCGUUGCCGCUAGUGGAUGAAUGUAAUGUGAGCAGCUUAUUGCCAUUGCUGAUGGAUGUUGCUUGAUGUUGCAUUGCAAACAUGUGAGAGGAGUAUAAGAGUUUUCAGCUGUUUUUAUCGGAGGGUGUAAUGUUGUCAUGUAUUGAAUGUUAUCUUUGUGACGCAUAUGAGAUGGGCACAAUUUUUCUUGUCUUAGAACUUAUUUUUGUUGUCUAAUUUAACUGUUAAAUCUGGCAUUUCAUCUUUAUUUUGCAACCUCACCACUGUGGCUUAAGGUAACCUAGUUAGAUGUGGCUAAGUUGGAGAAGAGUGGUCGCAGCCAGUCCUUUAUCAUUAUCUGAGUGCACAACUUUCUUAAAUUCAAUGUCUCGGUGGCCACUGCCUGCUGACACUGGUCUAGUCACACAGCAUACAUCCCAUGGCUUUCAGUGGCCGGGACUGUUGUGUCCCACAACCACUGCAUUUAAACAGUCACAUAGGCAUUAACCCUUUUUCUUCGUUGCUUUUUUUUCUCACUAAGUUGUUUCAUGAAGCUUGGUAUAUCAGCGCUAAGUACUAAGUUGUUUCAUGAAGGUUGGUAUAUCAGUGCUGCACAGCUGCGUUGGAAUAAGACGUCAGCAUUCCACUUGUUCUUAUUUCUUGUGCCUCGUAAUACCGUCAGUUUCGACGCUCACUGAUGCCAAUUCUCAUUCGGCUUUCAAGCAUAAUUGAUGUGUGCCCUUCCUACAUGAUCGGAGUCGAAGCUUGUCGACAAAUUGGCACCUAUGCAUGAUAUACCACUGUGUGAUGCAAAUAAGCACGCUGUACUAAAAAAAAAAUGUGCUUUUCACAGCGUAGGAUGCAUGGUGAAAGCACCUGACAGAAGUUAGCUUGACAGGCCAGUGAGAUGUGACAGAUGUAAGAACUUGGAGCGAGUAGCACAUGCUGAUUGUUAGGCUGCUGUAUGAUAAUGGAGCAGUGCCCCUGCUUGUCUGUUUUGUAGCCAUGUUAGCCAUAUUCUAAGCAGAGUGGUCGUUUAAAAAUGCCAGCCUUAAUCACCAAGAUGGCUACGAGAGUCCCAGCUGCAAUCAUUGAUUGUGCUCAAGAACCCCAGUUUGUAGUUCAUGGAGUGUGAAUGAGUCGAGAAUGAUGAAAACUGAGUGCAGCAAGAAAUACCUGCUUUCUUUAGGGACUCUGUCUUCAGAAAGCCAUUUGAAACAUCACAACGAGGUUUUCAGAUACAAACACUGACAUUUUCUGAAGCUUCCAGUUGAGGUUGGCAAAAAAAAAAUUCCUUUACUCUGGUAGCACAUUUUCACACUGGAACUUCAAGUUGAGUGAGGAUUCUUGAGGUACAGAAGAGCAGCUAGUGUUAAUUAGAAAAACAUAUUAUGAAAUAAGCUUUGACAUUCUGUGUUAAAACUGUAUGUAUGCAGAACAUGACGCAGUGAGCUCAUUUAUCGGCAUCGGAUUUUGUAUGUGGGCAUGAGAGUGAGUGAUGAGGGUAGCAUCUGCGAUUUCUGUGCGGAAAUUCAACGAAACUUGGCAGGACUGGAUUUUCCAUUGUGUUGGAUUGCAAUGUAAUUAACUUUUUUUUUUUUUUAUAACUGGCUGCCUACAAUUUAGCAAUUAUAAAUGGGAGCUGGUGCCGAACUCUUACAGCAGCGGUGCAAAUCCUGCUCUAUGUUUACAAAAGCUCUGUUGUCCAUAAAAGUGUUGCUUUGGACCAUCUUAUCGUACUAAUUUAUAACUUUAGCUUGACUUAAUAUUUGCCUUAAGUGUCUUUAAAUCGUGACUGUUAAAGUAGUGCUCUAUCAGCAUAGACUUGGGCAGUACCUGUGUGAUGGGGAUGUUAUUUAAAGUUUGUCAUGUAUUGUAGAUAUUAUAUUUAUUAUUUAGAGUUGUUUGUUGUUGUUAUUAUUAUUAUUAUUAUUAUUAUUAUUAUUAUUAUUAUUAUUAUUAUUAUCAGUAUUAUUAUAAUGUCUACUAAGUACAUUAUUUUUUAUCUUUGAAUGAUGAUUGUGUUCUGGUCUUUCAGGUUAUGCCAGAAUCACACAGUUUUCCUCACUCUAGACACAAUAACGCUAUGUUACUUAACAUGAAGAAGGCCAUUUUUUGAAGUAUGUUUCAUGAAGUAACCUUCGUAAGGUACCAACUGAGAAGCAUCCUCCAGUGAGAACUUGUUAAAUGUAUAUUUAGGCAAUUUUGUGCAGUCAUAGAAAGCUAAAAUUUACUUUUAUCCACCCUUCUUGACACAUCAUUUUUGACUUUCUCUUCUCAGUGUUCCCCCUUGUCCAAAUGCUAUGCUCCUUCACCAGGUGAAUACCGUACAGAGUCUACACCAGGAGUCUCAAACUCACUUCAGGCAUUGGGCUGCAAAUGUUAGAUUUCUAGCAUGAGAAUGCUAUAACAGAUGACCUCUAACAGGUAACCAGAUGACGUUAUCUGACAACAGCAGCACUAGUGUCAAUGCCUUCUGACAUGUUUACGACAACAGACAAAUAGAAUACAGUCGGCUGUUGCGAUUAAAGUUUUGCACACUUCGGUUAAACACGGCAUCACAACAUGUCGUCACCAGAGCUGCUCCUUGUGUAGACGUCUUUCUGUGUAUUUCUAUGCUAGUAUGUCUCUGCCAUGCUAGGACUAUUUACUGUACGCAACUCCCUGCUGGCCGCUCUGUGACAUGUACAAGGGGGGGGGGUUAGACAAUUGUAUUACGCUUACAUAACUUUAGAAAAGGGAGGGCCUUGUGGGGCACAUGCUUCCCAUAGGAUGUGAGUUUUAAGACCUUUGCCCUAGCUCCUACUUAGAGUAUCUCUUGAACAGUGUGCUCUUUAUACCGAGUGGCAAAACUAACGUUAGCCGUCUAUAGUAAAAAAGAUGCCAAAUAUUCAUUUAUUAUUUACUCUCUUUUUCUGUCCUCCACCUUUCGCAGCCAAGUCUUUAUGUACACUGUCCUUCUUAUUGCAUUUCUGCUAGCUAAGUGCAUACAAUGACAGAAUUAUAACAGAUUUAAAGUGCUGGCACUAAAUUUACAUAGCCCAAUUAAGGCUUUCGUGAAGUUUGCAUUAUCAAUUGUCGUUUCAUAACACUGCACCAAAAGAGGGUAGAACAAGUACUAUCGUGUUCUGUGCCAAUUUAAGCUCUCAGGGGUGCAUGAAAGAGUAAUAUUAGUUUAAUGCAAUGAGGGUUAUGUUUCUUUCUUUGUUUCUCAUGCCCAUCUUACCUUAGUUUUGGAGCCCUUUAUACUAAUUUGCAAAUUAAGAGAGUUAAGCAAUGUGUACACUCCAAUGAGCUAAAUAGUUAUGAUGCAGCUCUACAAUGCCACAUGUCUGUGGAAAAUACAGCGACGAUAUUUGAUAGCCGAUGCUUUACAAGAGUUGCAGUCUGAAUUAUGCAAACAAGCCAUAGCUUUAGAGAUUUGCUAUUCAUUUAGUUUUUUUAAAAGCAUGGUAAUAUUUUUCUUGUGCACUUGCUCUAAAUAAAAAAAAAGUGAUAUCAUAUAGUUAAAGUUCAAUAACAUGCAUGUAACCAAGCUUCAGGAAGUAAGCACUUGUUUUCAUAAAUUUAUUUGAUCCUUAAGCUUGGAGACAUAUAUACACGAGUCGUUUAACAAUUGAAUGUGCAUUUAUGUUUCUUAGAAUACUAUUCAUAGAAGGAAAACAAAUAACACUACUUUUUUAAAACAUAUUUAUAGUCGCAUGUUUUCUGUUGUGUUUCUCUGCAAGACAGUUCUCCGAGUUAACAUAAUUUAUUGGCCGCUGCUGUGUUUUAACAUUGUUUCAGUAGUACAGUAGACUAACGUUAUGACGAACUGUGGGAACACCUGUUUUAUUUUGCACUCGUGUAACUUUAUUGAAAAGUUCAUCUUACACAUGACACUGCGUUUGAGAUAUUGCAGUGACAUGAGCAUUUUUUGCUGCACUUAGCAACUGCAAGAAGUCUGUGUUAUGGCAAUGAGAACGUCCUAUGUAAACCUAAGAAUUUUAAGAAAAAUAUAUGAGAGAGAAAGCUAGUGUCUGGAAAGGAGCGAGGGAACAAAAAGUUGGCGAAAUUAGCUGUUACACACUGCAUUAGUUGAACAUGUUUGAGUUGUUACCCAUGCUGGUAUGAGGAUGCUAUUGAUGGCAUGUCACCACCGGUAUUGUUGUUAAUGAUACCACUCUGGAUUCAUUAAUCAAACUUUUCUAACAAGAUGAAGACUCCCGAGAACUUUGCAAGGGAAUGUAAUGACAUCACUUGUGGCAUUACUCUCGUCCACCACGUAGUAGGGGAAAGUGACGACCACAGGGUGAAAAGUCAAGCCAGCACUGAAAGGUGUAGUAUUUUCAAGCGAAAAGCUUACAUAGAUUCCUUUGUAAUUGAAGCAGUAGUGGUAUAUUUUUUAUCAGCAGAUUCACUCACUAAGCAGUGUUAGGUGAUUCUGUGAAGCCAAACUGCUUUCUUCUCAUAAUAUGAACAAGUUCUUUAGGUCAUUUUAGGUGUCUUCCUAAAGAAAAUCUAGUGCCACGCUAGACCAAAGAGGCAUUCCUGUCUAUUUGAUUUAAGCAAAAAUAAAGCUGGCCAAAUCUGGGAAUGCGCCAUCACUUUUUGUGUUAAAUUGCAGAGCUCAUUAGUACAAUGGAUGGACUGUCCCAGACUUUUCAUUAUGCAGAGGCAAGCAUUUAUUUGUUCAAAAUACACUCUUAAUCAUUUUUCCAUGAUUGCUUCUGUUCGAAUUUCUUUUUUUUUCUUCUUUUUUUCAGUUACAUAACUAAGGUGUUACUAAUGGCAAUCGUACCUCAAUCUAGGAACAUUUAUUUAUUCUGUUAGAAUGCUUACACAGAGAGGCAGUGCAUUUGCACUACAGUUUCAUCAGUUUCUGCAAGUGAACGGUGGUGAACACACAAGCAGUGAACGGAAUGCCUCGCUGUACCUUUUGUUGGCUGAGCACCUUGUUGACGUCCUUGCUCUUGCUAAUGAGAUGCUCAGAAAUACGUUAGCAGUAAAGUGAUAGCCAGAAUCAAAUCUUUUUCUGUUAUCAACAUUGGUGGCCAUCAUCGUGGCUUAAACAUUGUGAGGGCCUAAACUGCCCUCACAGGGCCCCAUCAGAAAGUUUGGUUGUACAAUAGAAGCUGUAAAGCACUGUCCAGGGAGUGUUCUACUUCAAGAAUUCUUCGGAAGGGUUUAGUACUAGUGGAAAUGGAAGCAAAUGAAAUGUGAGGCGAUGGUACAAGUGGGCGAGCUAUGCUUCCUGCAACAGAGGCUCUUUCUUGUUGGCUCAAGCUGCGUUCCUCCUCUGCAUUUUCAACCGGCCACAAUUGACCAGUGGCUAUGGUGUUGUGCUGCUUAGCUCGAGGCCGUGGGUUCGAUCCCAGCCAUGGUGGCCGCAUUCCGGUGGGGGCAGAAUGCAAGAACGCUCGUGUACUUAGUGUUAGGUGCACAUUAAAGAAUCCCAGGUGGUCAAAAAUAAUCCGGAGUCCCCCACUACUGCUUGCAUGCGUCAUAGUUAGAUCAUGGUUUUGGAACGUAAAACCCGGGAAUUUAAUUAAACAUCUUUUUCUCUGCGUUCUCCCACGUUGGAGCCGAGAGUCCAGUUUACGUUUUGAAGCGAAGCUUUCUUUGCCACUUCUUUCGAAUUUUCCACUGCUGCUGCUGUCGCUGUCUUGCAUGCUGCAUGGGGAGGCAGUUCAGAGUGUGCAUGUACAUGGCAGGAGCGUGGCAGAGAGAAAAGGCGACUUGAGAAACUCGUUUGGACCUUUCCAUCGCGUCUUCUCUCAAUGCCCUCUGGAGCUCCCUGGGCGUCGCCACGGUAACCUCUUGACGACUGCAAUUAUCCGUGACUCCCCCGCAAGAGCAUUUCAGAAACUUCAGCACUUACCUUGAACUUACCUUCAGCACUUACCGUGCAACAGUCCAGAGGGUAUAAUGGUAGAGAGGAAGUAGGGAGAGGAGGCAGAGAAUGGGUAGAACUGACAGAGUCACGAAACAUGUGAAUAACAGCCUUGCCGCUAUUCGCUCACAGCUCCCAUACAUUGAGGAAGGGCGGGAGAGGGAAAAGGUGAUGUAAGAAGGCAAAGAAACACUGCUAUUAGACAUGACAGCAGUUGCAGAUAAAUUGAAAGUUCUAAGUACAGUACGGUACAUUUCUGCUAUUUCUGGAAAAUAAACACCGUGCAAAUUUGUCAAGGGGACAACUGACACAGAGUGUGGAGAUGCAAAUCCGCAUUAAAGUACCGAAGCGGCUAGGCGACACUACGGAAGCGGCCGCAUCUGAAGUUAACACUUCUGUGCCCGCCGCAGUAGCUUUCCGGCUAUGGUGUUGCUUGAGGUAGCGGGUUCGAUCCCAACCACGACAGCCACAUUUCAGUGAGGGCAAAAUACAAAAAAUGCUUGUGUACUUAGAUUUAGGUGCACAUUAAAGAACCACACGGGGUCAAAAUUAAUCCGGAGUCCGCCACUAUGGCAUGCCUUAUAAUCCGAUUGUGGUUUUGCCACAUACAGAUACAUACUUCAAUUAAAGUUUAACACUUCUGCCACAAUGUGACAUGCCGCGUGAGGCAAUGACAAUGCUAAUUUUCUCACAGGCUAUGAACAAUGGCGCACAACAACGCCUCAAGCAAACAUAUCUUGCUGUGUGUUCUGUUCUACCGCAGACACACAGCGGUAGUGCACGCAAGGUACAGUUUAACAUCAACUCACCGCACUAGUAUUGUACUAAACGUUGAAGAAAUGAAAGAUUCGCCGCCAACAUUGCCGCUAAUUAUCGUCAAUCAAAGCAAACUCCACAGAAAGCUUAGCUUACAUCGAUUCCCACAGUGCAUGGGAUCUGCGUGAUUUUUUGUCACGAGACCAAGUUCCUUUUUUUUUCUCUCCCUCAUUAGAGUAUGACAGAAAGCUGGGCCAGUUAACUAGUAGUGGUUCAUGAUUUUAAAAGUUGAGCUUAGAAAACACUGACACAAGAGGAAUGGAAAAGAUGUUGCUGAGUUUGUGUAGUCUGCUUUUCUACUCCUAACGUUCUGAAAAGUGAAUCUUUCUUUCUUGCCGAGUGGUGGCAUUUCUGGUGGUGGUUGUUGGGAAUUUGCAUGUUAAAAUUGCUGCUGGUUAUUAGUGUGCUGCAGGCUGUAUCUGUGACAUGGUAGGCAAGGUCUUUGAUGUCAUUUCUGCCGCCAAGGAGACUAGCUCCUUUGCUAACAAGGGCACGUAGGCUUUCAUCCGAGUUUUCAGCUUUCUUUCACAGCUUAAAUUGGUGUAACAUUUUGCAGACAGCAUAAUUACCGUGUGAUCUAAACACCGAGCUUGGUUUGUUUGCAGUGCUCAAACAAACCUGCUGAGGUGUCCUUUAUUGUUAGCAUUGCGUGGUAAAUGAGAAACGUACAGGGCAGGUUCUCAUGGCAGAUUUUUCAGGCUGGCAUAUCCUCACAGUUUUUUUAUUUACGUUAGAGAAAGAAAAAGAAAUGCAAAAUGAGCACACCUCAGGAUUAUCUGACCAAUAUGUAUCCUGAUGCACACAAUAUGCAAGGCAGUUUGUUUUGGGGCAUGUUAUGCUGUGUUUUAUUUUAAGUUUACUGAUGGCAACCAUCAAGGUCAGGUGCGGAUAACUAGUUGUGACCCUUCUGUGUGCAAGAUCAUCUGUAUUUUCAUUGAGAUCGUACUAAAGAUCGUACUAUCUGCAACAUGUUUACCCACAGGACUGCUAUUCAAACGUAUGAAAUUAAAUCUGCUAAAUAUGUAAAACUUGACACAAUGAACAUUUUUACGUGACCAAGUUUCAGGCUGCAAGAUUUUGUUGAAUUGAGGUUUAACCUAUUAAAUGGUCCCUCAACAGGUUUUGGCAUUGUAAACUAUGGUGGCAAUCAUGUUUGUGAAGUAUUACUCCGAUGUGUGCUGUGAAAACAGCUAAAAAUUCAAAAGCUUGCAUGCCCUCAUCCUUGGAGGAGCCCCAAUUCCUACCAGUGAGAUGACGUCACAUAUGUUUCACUGCCACAUCACGUUUGCGGUGCCCAGCUGCUCACAAAUAGCCUGUAGCUGUCUGAACUGGGGUUUCUUGUGAAACGCAAUGGAUUCCAAAACCUUCUCAGGAAAUGUACUGCACAGCAAGAAAGAAAGGGAAAUAAAAGGCAAAGGAGGCGAGAAUCGCGAUGUAAACAUUGCUUGGGCCCUCCACUCAGACAUGAGAAGCAGAAACAUCGUUUGCGGGUUUUGGUUGAGGCAACAGGAGAGAUCCUUUCCUGUGGAAAGGGUAGCUUGCUUCUUUGUACCAUGGCUUCCCAACAUUUGUUCUGUGUCUAUGUUGGCUACUACUAAACUUUCUUAUAAACAUUCUUGCAGUAUAAUGCUCCCAGGAUGGUGUUUUGCAGCUUCUAGCACAUAGCCAAAUUAUCUCCACACUAUUAAUGUUAACAUUACGCCUUGUUUCCAUGUUUGUUCACACGCUAUGUAGCUAUUGUUACAGGGAACCAUUCUGUCACUUUACCGUGACAGAAGAAAAACUCAGUGGCCUGAAAAGGAACCCGCAUGCCAGGAGGGGUUAUCAAUCCUUAUUGUCACAACUGUGCCAUUUAGAUAUUGAGUAUCUGUCUCACUCAUUUAAUGCUAACGUCUGGUCCUCCUAGUCAGGCAACAGUGGUUAUGUAUGUGCACCCCAAAGUUUUUCUGGCCUCACUGCUGUUGCAGAGGGUUGCAUUUGUAGCUGCUGUAGUAUGUAUGUUGCAAGACUAGGUUUUCGUCCAUAAAGGCUUGUCCGUGUCAUUCCUUGGAGUGUGUAGUUGUUGAAACCGACUUAACAGAUUCCUUGCCUCGGAUUAAGAGGCUGCAUAAAUAUAGGCAUGCUACGUGCCAUUUCUAUUGAGGACUUAUUCUCGUGCCAUAUUUGACUGAUGGCACACAAUCUGUGAAGCUAACAAAUGAUAAUGCCUGGUGUUAACAAGCUAUUUCAGUGACUGAUUUGCAGUGGUGCCAACAGAUGGGCAAGUUGAGCCAAGUAGUGGAUGUUCUACCUGUUGGUUGGGUGUUGUUAGCAGUCAACAUACUUUGUGAUAAGACUGUAACAGCCUAUACCCUGAGCAGUGAGGGAAACGGAUGUUACUGCACUGCAAUUAUACUUGAGUUGUGUCUUUUCUGCUCGUUAAACUAAGAAUUAUCAGAUCUGGUAUGCACAGUGUUUACUUGUGAGCACCAACAGUGUUGGCCAGCCCUAUUCAGGGUACUUUGUCGACGUUAGACAGCUGGGCUGGGGCUUAAUUUUUCAAAGUACACUUUACAGGGUUUUUAAUGGUAAGAAAACCUUCUUUGUGAUAUGUGCCAUACAAGCAGGCUAGUCAAACUUGAUUUCUGUGUUCCAAGUAAAUUGCUUCACCAGCUGGUGUUACUAGGAACACAUCCAAAGACUGUUUUAUUGUUGUGUGCUUUUACGGUCAUCUGCUUUGUGGUUUGAUGUUCUCACUGCAGAUGCUCUUUGUUGCCAACAAGAUGCUUAAUACAGCCUGCAAAGUUCCAUCCAAUAUAUGUCGAAGCUCGUUAUUAUCAGUUUUUUUAUUUAAUUGCAGAUGUCAUGGUUGAUGUUUUCUUGAAGGGUGAUACCACAUUUCAUCCAUUUCAAACACUUGUGCCACAAGUUUUGUGCCAACAAAGGAUUAUAACGAUACAUAUAUUCUGUCCAAGCAACAUUUGGGGUUGGUUUAGAUGUCCGCACAAGAUUCAUAUCCGUAAAGAAAUGCUGCAAUAAAUGUGUGUUAUGUUCUUACGGUUAUGAUUCAAAACUAUUUAGGCAACUAGCCUAAAGCCAUGAGGUACAUAUUUUUUUUUGUGUGUGUGCUACUCUGCCUUUUCCUGCUUUGAAAAUACUUUUCGUGCCAAAGCAAAUGUAGCCACUCAUAUUCAGAAAAAGCAAGUUACUUUGGACUUGAGAUUAAGUGCAAUACUUUUGAAGCUGAUAAAGAGCUUCAUUGGUUCACAAUGCACAUAUCUUCAGAUCUUCCUGUCCUACAAACUGUCUUUUACGAGAGUGUUAUCAGUCUAGUGUAACGGCUACUCUGUUAAAUUCUGUCAGUAAGAUUAAUGGAAUAGUAAUCAAUAGUGAGCAAAACAAAAAGAAGCAGGCUUGCUUCUGAACACGAAACUUGUGCAAAUCACAUGCUGUUUUAAUUUGCAGAAAGGUUGUGCGUAUUUAACCUUAUAAGCAGGAAAAACGCAGCAGUAUUUAUGUAAUGUGCCAGGCAGGCAUAUUUAAAUGUGUCCUGAAACUGUUUCCUCAAGAGGAGCUGCAACAUAGGCUGGUUGUUGCUACGGGUGUGUAUGUUGUUUCCAAUGUUGCAAAUAGGUCUUUUAACCGUGGCGUCUGUUGCAGCUGCCAAAACCUUUUCCCAACUGUAAGCAGAGUAGUCACGGAAAAGCAGUGGUGUGGAGUGUUGUUUCUGUAUGGAAUGAUCGAUGGUUUUGUACAAGAGGGCUCCACAGUCAUGGCAUCGCACCCUGCCUGCUGGCAUAGGCCAAGGUGCCAACACACACAAGUGCAGGGAGCUCUUGUUGCUGUUAUUUGUCAGUCAUUUUAUCUGUACUGUGUCAAUGUUGUGUGCCUACGCAGUGUCUUCCUCGUAUCGUGAUAGAGAAACAAAAAGGCAGCAUAGUGCUAGGCAAGAUAAGAAUCAUAGUGUUGCGCCUAGGCUUUCUAGUUGUGGUAGUUGCAAUCAGUACCUGUUUGUUGUUGCUGCUGUGCCAAUGAUGUUCUAGUGAGGCUCUAAGCUAGGACUUGUUAAUCAAUGUUCAAAAGUUUCAUGUACCCAGUAGUGCGUUACUCGACUGCUGCUAGUUCAGACCGCAUGUUGUACACUUGUGGGCCAGUCGGCAAGAUGCCUGCCUGGAACUGUUUGUUGGGAAAAUUGGACUUCCUUUUUUCGAAGCGAAAUACAUUGAUGCCAGUUUUUCCAAGCAGGCACUGUGCUGCUGCCUCGAGAAUGUAUUGUUGACAUGCCAAUGUUAGUCUUAAACUGUCCAUUCUUUAUGCAGGAGCCAAUUUUACAAGCAUGCCAGAAUAUAACAUAGUAUAUUUAAGUUUAUCAAUGUUGUGUAAAAUAAGCUAGUCAUGUGUUUUCUAGGCAUUUGUUUUUCUAUUGCAGUUGGUCUUAAGCAUUGUAUGGGCAUUCCUAUUUUGAAUGCUUUUGUACAAUAAAGCUUGUGCAGAACA